AAUCAAAAAUUAGUUUCAAUUUUGAAUUUGCUGGAGGUGGGGAUUUCGUCCUGCCGCCAUAUUGUGUCGGGCUGUCUGUGAGUGCUUUAUGUUAACAAAUUUCUGAAAUUGUGGUGUAAAUUCCUUGUUAAUAAAAUAAAGAUUGAAAGUCCAGGUGGACAGAAGUCAACAUGGGAGCAAAGCAGAGUAAGCGGUCGGUGGACAUAAGCGGCAAGGAAGCCGAGAACGCCGGUGAAGUGGCGGCGGCGGGCGCCGGCGGCGAGGGCCGCGUCGAGCAGCUCGCCGACGCCGACGCUGACAUCAAGCCGCAGCUCAACGGCGACGCGCACAUACAGCCCCCGCUGGAGAUCUCGGACAAAGAGAAACAGCUCGACAGCGGGACCCCUGAGAACGAAAAGGACGCAACAACAGAGAAGGAAGGCAAGGAAGAACAGAACGGAGAGAAGGAACCCACACCUGUGACGAAUGGAGACAGCGAGCCCAAGGAGGACGGGGAGUCCGUGCCCACGCCCGAGGACGGCAAGAAACCUAAGAAAGAAAAGGUCAAGAAAAAAUGGUCACUGAGGUCCAUCAGUUUUAGCAGAAAAGACAAGCCAAAGCAGGAGAAGAAAUCCAAGGAAGAGGAGCCCAAAACGAAUGGCGAGCCAGAGAAAGUGCCCGAAGAGGCGGCCGAAGCUACCCCCGAAUCCGUCGAAAAUAAAAUCGCGGAAGUCGCGCAGACCAUCGCCGAAGUGAAGGAGGAGAAGACCCCCGAGACGCCCGUCACCGAGCCCAUGACCAACGGCAGCAGCACCCCCUCGUCCCCCGCGGCCGAGCUCGCGGCCGACCCGCCCGCCGCGCCGCCCGCCGAGCCCGGCGCUCCUGUCCCCGCCGCCCCUGCCGCCCCCGUCACCCCCGCCGCCGUCGAUACGACGCCCGAACAGCUCCCGGUGAACGGCCUCUCGCUAGACGAGCCCAAGCCGGAGGUGCCUUCGACGCCCGCGCCGCCCGUCGUGGAGGAGAGCGCACCCGAGGCGCCCGCGCCUGCGUCGGAACCCGCCCCGGCCCCAGAAAUUCCUGUCAAAACAGAGGAAACCGCCGGCGAAAUCGCCCCGGCCCCGGUGACCACGAGCGAAGCGGAAAACGGUGAGGCUCACCCCGUUAGCGAAAUUGUUGACAAUACUCCCGAAGUAGUUAAACACGAACCCGAGGUAAUCAAAACGGAGGACACGUUAACGAGCGAACACAAUGUCGAGGAAAAUAUUAAAACGCACGUAGAAACAGUUGAAAUUGUUGAAAUCGCCAAAGCGGAGCCCGAACUGGAAAAUAGAGUUGUAGACCCACCGAGUGUCGAAGAUGCCCCAGUACCGAUCAUGAACGGAAACGACUCCAUAGACACACAAAGCCCGGGAGCGGAGGAUGUGAACGGCAUCGACAACGUGGCGCCCGUCGACCCGUGCUCGGACACCGACAACCAGCACUCGGAGGCUCCCUCGGACGUCCCCGACUCCAGCGAGGAACUCCCCCCGCCGCCGCCGCCCGAGGACGACUUCUCCCUCAGGAGCGACGACAUCAAACCGGCCCCCGACACGGACGCCCUCCCAGAAGACAACGUCACAAACAACCACGCGGUCGACGCGGAGGCGAACGACAUCGCCGACGAGACCGGACUGAAACAAUUAAAGAACAAAAAAAUAGACGCGCUCGGGAAUAUAGUAGACAAGAUCGAGUGCAACGGGAACGCCGAGACGGAGUCGCUCCCGUCGGAGCCGGCGGCGCGCUCGCCGUCGCCGACGUCGGGCUCCGAGGCGCUGCCGCCGCCGCCGGCCGCCGAGCCGGCCGCCGCCACAGACCAGGAGCCCCUGCCCAUCGCGGACAAGAUCGCAGACUUGAUACCAGAGAUCCCGACCAUCCCAGAACUGAAGACCGAAACGGAGAGCGCGGUGGCGGUGGCGGACUAGAGUGCAGCGGCGAGCGGGACGUGCCCAGAAACAAGCCUUUAAUUUAUUCCCAUUUCGUGGUAAAGAGUGUCGAACUAAGUUCGCUCGUUUCACGUUCGGUUUUAAAUGUGACCUUUCAUAUAGAAUAUUAUAGUAUAAGUUUAGCGUGCUUUGCUUCUGAAUUAAAAAAAUAUACAUUUUAUUCGCUAGGAUCGAGUUUUAUAAUUAUAUACGGUAACAAAGUUAUGUAGGCAGUAUACGGUGCGAUAAGUUGGUGCCAUUAUUACAGGGGUAUAAGUUAUGUGUCGCGGCUUUCGCGGCGUACUCACGUGGCAGCGACGGCCACGGCCGGUGCGGAAUAGAGUCGGUGUUGUCUUAGAGUUGUUGCUCCGUGUUGAAGGUACGAGUACCUACCGCCAGUCCCACCUCUGAAGGUGGACGAGGCGAAACGUGUAACCGACCUUCUAUAGGUACUUUAAUUUAGUUUAAAAUUGGAUCUGAAACUUGUUAGAUCGUUGAUAACUAAAAGCCGUUAAGCUAAUAUGUACCACCUUUUAACGAAUACUAGUAAUUUGUACUUUUCCGAUCUGCGGUUUACUUAUAUUGUAGUCUAAUUUAAAGCAAAAAUAAUGGCGGUAAAUUAAAGUACAGUAGUUAACGUGCCACACGGACUAACGUGCUGCACUAUUGCUACAUUCCAAUUGCUCAAUUUCACUAACCGGGUGAACUAAAACUACGAAUGUCUCGUCAAGCUUUAACAUCGAAAUUAACAUACAAUCGUGGAAUGGUGUAGCAGCUACUAGCGAAUUAGCAGGGGUCGGCGAACGGCGGCUCUUUGGGUAACCCAAAAAGUUGUAAUAACCUACCUAAUCUACUACAUUUGUGACUAUUUAAGAAACUGACACUGCUACGGUUAUCUCUUAAGUUUGUCGACCCCAGCGUCGGUACCAUGGUCGCGUUUUUAUCGCCUGUAGUGUCAUGUAUCACUUUCGCACUUACAUACUUGAUAGAACGUGACAGGCGAUAAAAACGCGACCAUGCUCUGAACUGGCAUAUCAGAGACAUGCUCGUACCGCAGCCAGCGCAGACACGGCAACAGCACGCAGGUGACGUCUCGCGAGCGCGUGAUGUCGGAUCUCAGCUAUUGUGGCUAUUUAGUUCGAAAACUUAACACUCAUCCGAGUUUAACAAGGGUGUUCCUCUAACGAAUCACUUAACAUUUUAUACCUAUAAAAUGAUACAAGUAUCAUCUAUAAUUUUACGCAAGCUCGAAAGGUUUACUAUUAUGUAUAUACGAAUAAAUGAUUUUUCAUUAAACUUAUUUUUAAAACUGUUAAUUGCGUGUCGAGAGUAUAAAUUCAGUGUACAUUGUUAAAUAAUGAAGUCGAAAUUAAUUUGAUUUAUUAUAUCAUUAGUGUGGUAAUUUUGGUAACUAGUAAACUCGUGUAUAAAUUUAGUUUGAUGGUGAGCUCUCUGUAAUGAAUUGGGGAAGGAUAAGAUAGGUUAGUGAGGAGUGAGGCGCGUCGUUAUCAGUAGUCGACUAACUGAAGCUAAAUUAACGGUCACCCAGACUCAAACACAAACGGCCUAUUGGCUGCCAAAUUUUUGAAAAUUUUAAUCUUGAUAUUCAGUGGCCAAAGUUUUGAUUAAACUAUACAUUUUUUAUGCAUAUACAGACAUACACAAUUAUAUUACUGUAAUAUUUAGAUUAGUACGUGUAAUAGAAGUCGAUUAAUGUAAGUUAGUGAAAGCAGUGCAAUACUUAGUGCUGCUUCUAGUGUAUCGGUUUCCACCUCAUACCUAUAUAGAAUUAAUAUACUAUUGGAUUUAUCAAUAGCAACGGCGUCCAUUUGUCAUAUGGUUUCAUAAUCAUUUUUGUAAUUUUGUACAUUUUUUACGAAAUUGAAAGUGACGAUUGCACGAUGAGGAGACUCUGGAUAUUAGCAGUAAAUGUGUGAGACAUUCCAUAUCCAACCGCUGCCCGCUGCGGCCUCCCCGUACCGUACUAUGUAGUUACUAGCAGCUUGCGGCGUCCGUCCCUCAUCCUUCGUGGCGUUUACUCUAAUGAACUCUAAUGGAAUUGUUUAUAUAUUAUACAUUCAUAAUAUAUUUUUUCUUUAUAAUUUAUAUUGAUGCUUGUAUAAUGUUAUUAUAGGAACGUGCAAGACGAUCGCUAGUUUGGAGCUGUAACAACUUGUUCCUUCACCUUAUAUGCUAAUGAAUUGAUAUUGCAAGUCAAAUUGUGUCAGCUAUUGAAAUAUUUACAUUUUAAUAAUAUAUCAUUAUAAACUCAAAUAUUGUUUGCUCAUAAUGGCAAUGUGCGACUUGUAUGAUAAUUAUGAUAUUCCAAUUUUUAUUAAACUUAAAUGUUGAUGUGUGAAUGUCUCUAAUCAAUAAAUAAUAAAACCAGAA